AUGUGCAUGCAUUCUGAUGCACGCUCCUCCCCCAAUCCCCCUUGCCCUUGCUAUAAAUCCCCCCUUCCCCUCGCACUCGCUGCAUUGCUCUUCUUCAAUCUUCACCCGGAAAUCGCCUCGCUUACUUUGCUUUUCCCUCUGUCUCUGUUGCAUCCCGAAGGUUCUUGGACGGAAACCAUUUCAGCAGGCGAAGAGAUGGACGCGGACACAUUCCCAGCGGGGCUGCGCGUGCUCGCCGUCGACGACAACCGCGUCUGCCUCAAGAUCCUAGAGAGGCAGCUCAAAUAUUGCAACUACAACGUGACGGUGGUGUCGGACGCCAGGACGGCGUUGGACAUGCUCAGGGAGAGGAAGGACGGGAACCAGUUCGACCUGGUGAUCAGCGACGUCGUCAUGCCCAACAUGGACGGCUUCAAGCUCCUUGAGCUCAUCGGCCUGGAGAUGGAUCUCCCAGUCAUCAUGCUAUCCGCAAACAGCGAGACGCAGACUAUAAUGAAAGGGAUAAAGCAUGGGGCAUGUGAUUAUUUGGUAAAACCAGUGCGCCUUGAACAGCUUAGGGGCAUAUGGACACAUGUGGUGAAGAACAGUAAGACUGAUCCAUGGAACAGCAUCAACAGUGGCAGUGAUGAUGAUGUUCAGAAGUUGCCAUAUGGAGAUGGUGAUAAAGGUGUGAAGGAUGGAGCAAACCAUAGAAACAAGUAUUCAAAGAAAAACAAAAUGGCUGUGGAUGUUGCUGAUGAGGACAACGAGAACACAUCAGCCCAGAAAAAGCAAAGGGUCCAGUGGUGUGGUCAACUACACCAGAAGUUUGUAGAAGCUGUCAGUCGGAUUGGCAUCGACAGGGCUGUUCCAAAGAAGAUAAUAGAAAUCAUGAAUGUGGAAGGCCUUACAAGAGAGAAUGUCGCUAGUCAUCUGCAGAAGUACCGAAUCUAUCUCAGAAAGCUCGGUGAUGGCACACUGAGGAAUUCCAAUCCAUUUGCUGUUGAAACUGAAGCAUUGCGGAGAAACAUGUGUGUCCCCUCCUUCAUUGGCUCUCCGAGCUCAAGCAACCAUUCUUCGUCUCGUUCUUGCAGCUCCUAUGCAAGUAUAUUGCGUGGAAUGAUUUUGGGAUCAAGCAGAGGUAUUCCUUUCGAAGACAUAGCAAAUGAUGACAUGCUGGCUCCUUCUGGUCAUUUACCAUUGCAGUCUCCUGAGUUGGUGAAACAGCCUUCGGUUCAGCUUCAAUCAUGUUCUGCUGGCCGAUUUAACGAGGUUGCUAGGGAAGUUCACCAAUUUUCAGGGCCUAGCAACUCCUGGAAAGCUGUUGUGCCAUCAAGGUUUUCUGAUCUUGGUCAUAAUGUUGGAAAGCCUGAAGAUCCUACGCAGGGUAACAUUUUCAAGAUCAACCAGUUGUCUAGACUCGCACACUCCUCUGGACAGAUUCCAACUUUCGGAAAUGAGUAUCAGAAGAAAAUCACAGGAAUCAUGGGGAAAGCCGUACCAGUGGUAGGUUUCAGAGAGCAAGUGGCACCAUUUAGCUUUGGGAAUGACACACACUCUACAUUGACACCGAUUAGGAAUUCUGCUUUGGCUAGUUCUUCAAGCACUAGACCUGACCUUCAAAUAGACAAUUCUGCAAUGCUGACCCAGGUGUUGAAUGGCGGUGGUGCAAGUGACAACCACCAUGAUGGUAGCACCGUUAAUCAUCAAGCUGUUAGUGACCAAGUGAACAACAUCAAUGAAUUCCUCAUGGGAACAAGUGAGGCACAGAAUGUGGAGAGUGAUGACUUGGAUGAUUUCUUUGCUUCCUUGGUUAAUCAAGAUUUCGUCAACAAUGGUGAUUCUUUGAUUGACGGGGACUGGGAAUUUGCCCCUUGA